AUGUUUUUUUUUUGUUAUGUGUAUAAUAUUCUAAUAAUACUGAUCCUUUUUAUCAACAACUAUUUUAAUAAAACAGUUAACUGUUUUAUGACAAGACACCAAGGGGAUAUUUUUAAAAGAUAUAUAUAUAUAUAUAGAAAAUUAUCGUCAGCUAACUUUAAAACUUGUAAGAGUAGUAUAUCGAAAUGUACACAUACAUAUCACGAAAAAUAUGAAUUAAGAUUGAAACAUAAUGCUAAUAAAAGAAAUGACUGUGUAACAAGCAAUUUUAAGGGUAGAACGAGCGGUCGUUUGUACAUACAUUGUGAACCUCUCCCCCUGAUAAUGAAAAACAGAAAUGAGAAAAUAAAUCUUCAUAAAAUAUCUCAUUUCGAAUGUAGCAAAGUACAAGAGGAAAGCAAAUCAGACACAAGAGAAGAAAAAAAUAUGAAUUCUAUACCACCAACUAGUGGCAUGAACAAAAGGGCAAGAGAAUGCCAGAUAGAAGGGAGUAAUGAUGAAGAAAUUUCGAAUUCACAUAAUGUAAGCUUAUGUGAAGGUUCGAAAAAUGCAUGUAUCCCCGGAAACGUUGAAGAGGGAGCAGGAGGGGGAGACACAAAUGAACACAGGAGAAAAAAUAUUGAUAACCUUUUCUUACCAAAUUUGAACAGAAAAAAAAAGGAAAAAAUUAUUAUAAUUAUUGGAGUAACCUGCAGUGGGAAGACAAAAUUUAGUAUAGAUUUAUGUGAGGAAUUACUGAAGCAUAAUGUAGAAAGUGAAAUAAUUAGUGCUGAUUCUAUGCAGGUUUAUCAAAAUUUUAAUAUAGGUAUAGCCAAAGUAGAUGACAAAGAAAAGAGAGAUAUAAAACAUCAUAUGUUAGAUGUAUGCGAACAUAACGAGGAGUUUAAUGCUCAUAAAUUUAUUACUCACACUAUACCCAUUAUUCAAAGAAUUAAUGAAAAUAAAAAAUUGGCUGUUGUUACAGGGGGUACGCUGCUAUAUGUUGAAUCCCUACUAUGGGAGUCCGUCGUGGAUUUGAAAGAAGCAUAUAAUAGUACAAUGUCCGAAGAAACAAAAAGGAAAACAGAUUCGUAUGAAAACAAAACAAAUGAAGAGCUAUAUGAUGAGUUAAAAAGGGUUGAUGAAGAAAGAGCCAAUCAAUUACACAAAAAUGAUAGGAAAAGAAUUUGCAGAAGUUUAGAAAUUUUUUAUUCAUACAACAGAAAACAUAGUGAAUUAAUAAAAAUGAGAAAUCACAAAAAUAAUAAUUUUGAUAAAACCAGAUUUGUACCUUGCAUUUUUUAUUUGGAUUAUAAUAAUGACGAUAUGUUACGGGAAAAUAUUGAAAAAAGAGUCAACACAAUGAUUUCAAAAGGGCUCUUAGAUGAAGCUAUAAAAUUAAAACAAUUUAACGAUAAGACAAAGGUUAAAUUAUUCGCAAAAGGAAUUAAUCAAAGUAUUGCAUACAAGGAAUUUGAUAUGUAUAUCGAAAAAAAAAUGAAUAAUAUUAAUGAUGAAAACUUAUUUAACUUAUGCAAAGAUAAUUUAAUUAGAAAAACGUAUAAAUACGCAAAACGACAGAGGAGGUGGAUAUUAAACAGAUUUGUAAAAGUGUACAAUGUUCCUUUGCAUAAAGUAGAUGUAUCGAGUGAUUACUCGAAACAGCUCAUUGACGCUGUUCAAAUUGUGUUAAACUUUUGGUAUAAUUAA